GAAGGAUGAACAAGAAUGUUCUUAAAAAUUUCGAAAAUGGUGAACAACUCCCUCACUCUGCCUGGGAGACAGACGCAAGAGAUACCGUGAAUUUGGCUAAAUCCGAACUUUGUUCAUCUUUUAUCCACCACCCAUUUGCAGAUCACACACUGAAACCUUCCUCACUUUGCUCCUCCAAUGGCGUUUUCCUCUCUCCCCAAUUAUCGCUUCGCCUUCGCCCCCAUUUUCUUCCUCCUCUUCCUCUGUUCCUUUAUCUUCUUCACCAAACGAAACGCCGACGUUUCCUUCUCUCUCUACCAAGAUCUCUCCACCCAAACCCCAUUUACCGUCUCUCUUGCUCCUCCUCCUUUAAUAGCCGAACCCCAGAUUUCUUUUCCCGAUUCUGGGUCUGGUUCUUCUGGCAUUGAAUCCUUAACGAACCCAUCUGCUCAAGAAACAGAGUUUUCUAAUGAUCAAAUUGAGGAUCGGCUCUCUGUUAAUGGCGAAAAUGGCUCGGUUUCUGAUGGUGAUGUUGCUGUUGGUUCUAUGAGGGCUGAUGAUGGUCCGGAUUUGUCAGUGGAGGGGCUGAAGCAAUGUGAUCUUUACAUGGGAAGCUGGGUUAAAGACGAGGAACAUUAUCCGGUUUAUCGAGUGGGUUCUUGCCCCUAUGUUGAUGAGGCUUAUGACUGUGGGAAUAAUGGGAGAAAUGAUUCUGAGUAUACGAAAUGGCGAUGGAAGCCUUAUGGCUGUGAUCUUCCGAGAUUUAAUGCAACCGACUUUUUGGUGAGACUGAGAGGGAAAAGAUUGAUGCUCGUUGGAGAUUCUAUGAACAGGAACCAGUUUGAGUCGAUCCUUUGUCUCCUUCGAGAGGGCCUUCGGGAUAAGAAGAGAAUGUUUGAAACCCAUGGCUAUAAAAUAACCAAGGGAAGAGGUUACUUUGUCUUCAAGUUUGAGGAUUAUAACUGUACAGUCGAAUUUGUGAGAUCACAUUUUCUUGUGAGGGAGGGAAUUCGUGUAAAUGCUCAAGGAAACUCAAAUCCGACUCUAUCAAUUGAUCGAAUUGACAAGACUUCUGGACGUUGGAAACGUGCUGAUAUACUCGUGUUCAAUACUGGCCACUGGUGGACUCAUGGAAAAACUGCUCGUGGGAAAAACUAUUAUAAAGAAGGUGACGUUCUUUACCCGCAGUUUGAUGCUGUCGAGGCUUACAGACGAGCACUCAAGACGUGGGGAAACUGGAUCGAUAAUAAUAUAAACCCAGCUAAGCAGUUGGUCCUCUAUAGAGGCUAUUCUUCUGCCCAUUUCAGAGGUGGAGAUUGGGAUUCAGGAGGGUCAUGCAAUGGCGAAACCGAGCCCGUCUUAAGCGGUGCCAUCCUCGACAACUAUCCUUUGAAAAUGAAGAUAGUUGAGGAAACGAUCAAGGAAAUGAGGGUUCCGGUCAUACUUUUGAACGUUACAAGGUUAACCAAUUUUCGCAAGGACGGUCACCCUUCAAUCUACACUAAGAAUCGUACCGCUACAAUAAAGGUUUCGACUAGACGGCAGGAUUGCAGCCAUUGGUGUCUCCCUGGAGUUCCCGAUUCCUGGAAUGAACUUAUUUAUGCUGCUCUAGUUUCUCGAUCGAAAAAAUCCAAGUCAAUCUAGUUGAGCAAUAGCAUCGAUUGUUUCUCAGGAAUGAUUCCCCAGUAGUUCCCCUUGGUGAAGGCUGCAGGCCAGCCAUAGCUCUUUGAAUGUUGACUGCUCCUAGCUUCUUUGUACAGAAUCUCUUCUAUUUAUAUUGUUCUUAUCAGAUUUGAAAGCAAACGUUUUGG